UCGCCACCCCGGGACUUUGUAUAGCUGCCAUGAUUGAUUUAACGGACAGAAGCAAGUCACAGAAGGUGUGAGCCCAGCUGAUUAUUCACACACACACACACACACACACACACCGUCAAUGACACAGCCCCAAACCACACCCCUUUUAUGCAAACACACUCACCCUACAGCCCUCAGCCUUCCUGCGGCUCCCUCAGUCUGACUCAGUCUGCCCCGCCGGACUACUUUCAUCCACCAAAUACUUUUGGCUUUCUUUUUCUUGCUGAGGACACACUUACACAAACACACACCGAGUUGGCAUCAUGGGGAGCAGCAUUUCAUGUGUGCCCCAGCACAACUUCACCUUCUCCAGCAAAAGUUUCAUCCGCAGAAACAGCAGUCGCCUGUUUCGCAAGAAGAACCCCCAAGAGGGCCAGGAGAAGUCCAACAGCAUCAUCAAUAUCCUCUGCACUGUCACCCCGAGGAAGGAAAUGUCCCCUAAAGACCUGCAGACCAUCGAGAACAUCAAAUGGGAUCCUCCAUUCCCGUACGACCCGGCCAGCGGCUGGAAGAAGAGCAGCAUCAACGUGAAGAAUUACGGGCGGUUGGUUCACAGCUCCAAAGUUCGUUUCCGCUUCCUGCACUGCCAGGAUAUACACGACUGUUACCUGGAUCUCUUCCAGACUCACCUUCACUUUGUGUCCAAUAACCCCCCUGGACUGACAUACCAGGGAACUCUUCCACUGAAGGAGCUUACAAUCUGCGACCUGCAACAGAACUGCAAGCACAGCCAACCCGUGGAAUAUGCCUUUCAAGUUAAUGGUGUCAGCCUUAAUCCCAUCAUCGUCUAUUGCGCCAGCCAAGAAGAAAUGGACCGAUGGUUUGGCCUUCUUAAAGAAAACAUCGAAGCCAACGGCGGCAGCCCAAUUGCACCGGAAAACUACACCAGAGUCAAAGCAAACCAGCAGAAGAGUCCUGCAGGAAGAGAGGAGCUAAGGAACUCCAUCAACAAAGAGCCCAUCUACGAGUGGGAGGGCUCGCAGCGGGACAGUCUGGGCCCCAUUACCUACGUCACCAAAGUUCGACUGCAGCACCUGCCCUGUCAGCAACAAAACGACAGACUACUGGUGAUGUACGCGUCAACACUGAUCAUCUUAGCAGAAGAGGAAAACGGCCUCUUCUACAAGGGAAAGCUCCCGCUCAACAUGAUCACAGUGACCACACCCUGCCAAGACGUCAAACCCAACACUUUUAUGAUGGAAGAGCGACUGGACCGGAUGACACGCUUUGUACCCCCUCCUCUGUUGCUAGGGAAGCUCAUCAACCCCAUAGUGGUGUCUUGUCUGGAUAGACGCGAGUUCUGCGACUGGAUCCAGCAUUUCAAAGCUGCUGACGUGCCCGUUCUCAGCCCACCGCCCCCGGUCUAUGACAUCAUCUACACGCCAACGCACAGAGAGGCGCCGCAGUUUGACAGGUGGAGUGGAAACAGUCAAGGUCACGCCGAGCCCCUCAAGUUCAGUCAGAGUGGACGUGGAUCCCACUCCCGUCAGUUCCCCACUCAUGAAGACAACCCGCUCUCACCAGGAUACUCGGAACCUCUCUGUCGCGGCUCCUAUCUCCAGCCUGGAGACAGCUCUGCAGGCAUGCCACAGCUGUACAGCACGCCGUACUCUGGCCCGCAUCGCCUCGAGAAAGGUCUGCUCGUCAAGUCAAACAGCUGGAACACAUCGCAGACGUCCCUCGGCUACUCCCUGAGCGCCCCGCAACGACACUCCGACAUGUGCGCUCCCCGCCAGCCCUUGUCCCCCCUCUACGAUGAGCCCUGCAGCCCCGAAACCUUUGCCUUGGAGGAAGCCAGGCCUGUGGAGAGCUGGGAGCUGCCCACUCAUCUGUACCACCACCAGCAAAGCUCUCAGGUCGCAUCCUCUUCCUUCAAGCUCCGCACCCCGCCAAUGGGCAGGCACAGCCGCAGAAGCCUGGUCCUGACCAACUCGCAGGGACCCGCUCUGGGCCUGGAAGCGGAGAGCCCUCAGAGUCAAGUGGAGCAGCGAGCCGAGGCCGUGUCGAGGCUCAAGCUUCUGACUGCGCCCUCCAAAGGACAAGAGCAGGCACACCUCCGGUCCAGCUGUGGGAUCAACUCUUCUCAGAUGUAUAAUUACUCACCAGAUCUUCAUUCAUACCUCAAACCCAUAGAACCAGAUGACCAGGAAAUAGACUAUGACAACAUUUGGGAGUACGAUCGCCAUACUGGAAUGAUUCAGCUAACGUCUGGAAUUCCGGCACACUGGACAGGAUUAAACAGCGGGGCCGGAGGCCUUGGUGCCAUGGCAACCGAGCAGAGAUGGUCAUAAAAUAAAACAAUUGGCCGGCACUCGUCUGGGCGUGUGCAAACAACGGAUCUCUAUCAGAGGGUUCAUAAAAGCGCAGGCUGUGUUGUCCGGUAAGCGUACAGUAGAGUAAGAAGCAUUAGGAUGUAAUGGGGGUGGGUGUGUGAAGAAAAAAAAAAACAUUCGAAAAAAAAUCCACUAAAGAAUAUGAAAGUCAAAAACCAGAUUUUGCCUGUUUCAGAGUAAUGUAGUAUGAUUUAACGACAGAGAUGUUAAUUGCUUCUUUAUUUUCUUGAGUGAAACUAAAAAAAAAGCAUUCCACUGGGGCUUCUUGAUGAACUUGCUGUAUAUAUUUUAUACAUACUGUAUGAUUUAUGAUGUAAAUCGAAGCUUCAUUUGACUGUAAGGGAGUAAUAUCAUUUCUGUGCCACUCAAGUGUGGCGUCCUUAUUCAUAUUGUAUUUGUUUGAUGUGUUUAUUUAUAUUUGUGAAAAAUAAACCGGCAGAG